CUAAUUAUUUUAUUUACUUUGCGUUACAUUUAGUGUUACAUCAGGAAAAUAAAGUAUCUGCUCAGUAGAGGGGGGUGUAAUAUUUUGUCUGUUAAUCAAACAUAAUCAGCAAUUAUGGACAACCAUUUUGUGGCAAGGUUGUGAAUAUUAUAAUGUCUCUGAAGUCACAUUUAAACUUCCUGUAAAAAACACAGAAAUACAAGCAGGCACUGAUUUGUGUCCAGGAUACUCAAAUGUAUCAAAUCCUGCUCCGGAAAGUGUCUUUUCUCCCUUUUUGAGCUACUGACAACCAAAAGCUCUCUGCCCGUCUCUGUUUGGGAGAUAUCAAGAUGCUGAGCCUGUGCUGUGCUUCAGUGGCGGGUGUAGAGGACACACUGUUGUACACGGAGAGCACUUUGAGCUCCUUAGACAUGAAAACUACCAGAUGGUUAAAACGUCUCUCAAUAAACAGGAGAUCCUGUGUCCCAAAUCCUGAGAUGCGUUUCUUCCUGUCUUGUCAUACAGAAGUUAUCAUUAAGGACAAUCACAUAUGGCUUGAUUUUGUUAAAUGGUAGUAUGUCUUUCCUUUCUUGGAACAACGUGUUUUUCCAGAAAUGCAUUUGCGAAAUAUGAAAUACAAAUCUUGCUUAUCGGUGCAGAAUAAAUACUGCCAGCUGGGAAGAAAAUGACAGCAUUUUUUUUUCGUUAACUAAAAACCUGCAUAGGGAGACGUUUUCGUUGUGGAAGUGCAAAACAAUAAAUCUGUUCCGUUUCACAAAAUUCACACUUACGAACGGAGCAAGUCGCAAGUGAUUCACUCCUCUUGACUAGGUGGCGCUAUGAGGUGCCGUGUUUAUAUCCGGCUGCAGAAAAUCCUCUUUCUCAGCUCCGGUUCUCAAUUAUUUUGAAGUCGCGGCCGCGCAAAGGAAUGACAUCAUCACACGGCGCGACAUAGCAUAUUGUUUCACCCACGUGAAUCAUUUUCUUUAGAUAAAAAAGAAAGUUCUUGUUUUUUUUAAUAACUUCAGUUUUCUGAAAACGUAGCAUCUUGUCGGCUGUGUUUAUGCUUGAACCGAUCACAUGUUCCUGACAACAGGAUCUGUUUAGAAUAAAAAUAAAUAAGUUAUUCUGUUUAAACCGCAAAUCAGCCUUUGUUUCUGACCGACUCUGAAGAUGGCGGAGUACUUGUUAAAUCUGCAAACCCAGCUUGACUCUUUCAUGCAGGUUUUGCUCAAAUCGAUCGUGUAUGAAGUGGCAGAAGUUUUCCGGAACAGGAUGUCUGACUCUGAGGACGAGUUUGAAGACAAACUCCGCAGCGUCUCCCAGAUCCUGGUGAGACGGGCCGUGUUUAAAAUCGCACAGUGUGUGGAGGACAGUGUCGGGAGCGAAAUGGCGCAGCUGAAGAAGGAAAACGAGAGCCUGAAGUGGAGAUUGCAGCUGUGGGAGAAUGAGUCGGGAGCAGGAGGAGAUCAGGGUACCCAGACGCUUCACUGUGAAGUCACUGCAGAAAUAAAAGAAGAAAUUGACAUGAAACGGUUGUCAGGCUCAGAGGCCAGUGCUCUCCCUGAUGCUGGGGAAAGGGAUCCUCUUGAACAGCAGCACAGUGAGGAGGAGUGGGGCUCCAGUCUGAUGCAGGAGACAGUGCUCACUGCUGUAGAAGGGAAAGAGAAACUCAGUGAACAGCACACAGAGAACAGAUGGAGUGUCGAGGAUCUGGAUUCUAUGCCCAUGUUGAAGACAGAACCUGAGAGUGAGACACCUGGGCUCUUAGUAUGUGAUGCUUUUAAAGAGAAGAUUAAUAAUGUGGACACGAACAGUAUUACUCAAGGUUGUAAUGAACUGGACUGUGACUCUGUGCAAGAGUACAAAGAAGAACUGGAUGACUUUAAUCUUACAGAGCAGGACAUGGAGCCCCAGUUGAUUGACCCUGCAGAGCAGCAGACUGAAGUACCUGGUGAAGAGAACAGUACUGAGUUACAGCACACAGAGAAGAGUCAGGACAGGGAGGAGCAACAGCAGGUCCUACAGGGCUUGAUAAUAAUUAGGCCUUGUUCUGUUCAAGUGGAGAGACUGCCAUUGCAGAGUCUAAAACAAUCAUAUGAUACCUUAGUAUCUGAUGGCUUUACACACAGGUUUAAUAAUCUGGUUACUGAGAAAAUUGUUGAAAGUUUUAAUGAACUGGAGACUAUGUUUGUUCUUGGGCACAGAGAGGAACUGAAUGAACUGGAUGGUGUUAGUCUCAGAGAGCUGGAGAAGGAGCCCCAGAUGAUUCACACGGCUGAGCAGCACACUAAAGGACACAGUGGAGAAACCCAAUCUCAGUUUCAGCACAAAGAGCAAAACUAUUCCAUGGAGCAUUUGCAGAAUAAGAUGUCCCAGCACGAUCAGAGGAUGAGGAAGAAUCACUCAAGGCCUUCCUCAGAUGGAAUGGACAAACUGCAAUUAUGGCACAGGGAGGAGCAAAGUUUGUGUCAGUCUAACAUUUCAAACCCCUACCAGCGCAUUCAUGCAGGAGGGAGACAUUUCAGCUGCAGUCAGUGUGGAAAGAGUUUUAGUGGGUCAAGUAAAUUAAGAACCCACCAGCGCAUUCACACAGGAGAGAGACCAUUCAGCUGCAGUCAGUGUGGGAAGAGUUUUAGUCAUUCAAGUGCCUUAAGAGCCCACCAGCAUAUUCACGCAGGAGAGAGACCAUUCAGCUGUAGUCAGUGUGGGAAGAGUUUUAGUCAGAUAAACAAAUUACAAACACACGAGCGCAUUCACACAGGAGAGAGACCAUUCAGCUGCUGUCAGUGUGGGAAGAGUUUUAGUCAGUCAGGUAACUUAAUAACCCACCAGCGCAUUCACACAGGUGAGAGACCAUUCAGCUGCAGUCAGUGUGGGAAGAGUUUUAGUCAGUCAAGUAUCUUAAAAACCCACCAGCAUAUUCAUGCAGGAGAGAAACCAUUCAGCUGCAGUCAAUGUAAGAAGAGUUUUAGUCGGUCAAGUACCUUAAUAAUCCACCAGCGCAUUCACACAGGAGAGAAACCAUUCAGCUGCAGUCAGUGUGGGAAGAGCUUUUAUCAGUCAAGGACCUUAGUAACCCACCAGCGCAUUCACACAGGAGAGAGACCAUUCAGCUACAGUCAGUGUGAGAAGAGUUUUAUCCAGUCAGGUUACUUAAAAAUGCCCAUUUAGUCACCAGUUUUUGAUUUAAUAGUCUUAGUCAAGUCAACUAAAAUGUCUUUUAUUUCAAGUAGGUAGAUGCUUCAGCAUGUGACAUCCGAAGAAGGCUCCACAGCUGAAACAUUUCUUUUUUUCUCUUUUCAGUAUGGAAUAAUCCUUUACUUUUUCCCCAAAAUAUCUAUUAGUCAUAGUCACUUUGAAGUCACCCACUUUUGAGUUUGUCUAGUCAACUAAAUUUGAACUAUACUCUUACGGUUGACUAAAACAGAAAUAGUUCAUGUCACAGUUUAAUUUAUGUGUAUAAUAAAAUGUAUACAGAUUUUUGUUUUAUUCAAUUUUUAAAAAAUGGCCUAAAUUGAAUUAAUUUGUUAUUCUUGGAAUGUUAAGUUUAGUCCUGUUUAAUUUACAGCUAAGACUCAUUGGAUAGGCUUGACAUUGUGUAACAGCUUUUAACUUACCAUGUUAAGCAAGAAAUGUGUAUAAAACAGAUUAGGAUCCUUAACUGUCACUCUUAAGAAAUAAAAACACACAUCUGAUUAAAUUCUAUCAAAAAGCUCAAAGUCUUUCUUGCACAAUCUAAAGUUUAUUUAGCCCCAGAGAGGAUAAGUAUCAAAUACAAUAAAUAAUUAUGCAAUAAAGGGUAAAAAAUAAAGAAUAGGAUCUGGAUGAAUACUGGAGUGAAAGGAAAAAAAAGUCACACAUUUGAUUGAAUUCAACAAAAAAGCUCCAUGUCUUUGUUGCACAAUCUAAAGUGGAGAGAGGAUAUAUAUCAAAUAGAAGAAAUAUUUAUGGAAUAAAGGGUAAAUUAAAAAGAAUAAGAUAUUGUAGGAGCAUCAUGAAGUCCAUUGUAACAAAAUGGAAAAAACGUGGCACAACCCAGACAAUACUAAGAUCAGGCCCUCCUACCAAAUUGAGCAACUGAACAAGAAGGGCAAUUGUCAGAAAAGUGACCAAUAGGCCAGCUACAACACUGACAGAGUUGCAAAGCUCUUUGGCUGAAAUGGGAUAAACUGAAGAUAUCAACCGUCUCUUCAGCAGUUCACAGAUUCGGCUGUGACUUUGGGAGACUGGCUAGAAGGAAGCCACUUAUGAGAAAGACCAACAUUAAGUCAUGCCUAGAGUUUGCUAGAAUCCAUGUGACAAAACCUGAAACUUUUUGGAAGAAAAGUUUGUGGUCUGAUGAGACUAAAGUUGAGCCCUUUGACCUGAAAGCAAAGCGCCGUGUUUAGCGCAAACCAAAUACAGCCCCAAACCCAGGUAACACCAUCCCUACGGUGGUGGCAGCAUCAUGCUCUGGGGUUGCUUUUCAGCAGGAGGAACUGGAAAGCUUGUUGACAUCAACGGCAAUAUGGAUGGAGCCAAAUACAGGCAAAUCCUUGAGGAGAACCUGUUUCAGUCAGCCAGAGAUCGGCAUUUAGGGCAACAAAUCAUAUUCCAGCACGACUAUGACCCAAAGCACACAGCAAAAACUAUCUAGGAAUGGCUUGAAAAAAGAAGGUUAGUAUUCUGGAAUGGCCCAGCCAGAGCCCAGACUUGAAUCCAACUGAAAAUCUAUGGUAUGACCUGAAAACUGCUGUCCACUGAUGCUCUCUUAAUUUCGGAAUUCGGAAAAAUUUGCAAAAAUUCCACAAUCUAAAUUUGCAAAGCUCAUACAGACAUACCCAAGAAGACUCACGGCUGUAAUUGGUACUAAAGGACUAUGUGCAAAGUAUUGACUCUGGGAGUGAAUACUUGUGUAAAUGAGAAAUGUAAGUCUUUCAUUCUGGAGAAAUUAAUGUUCUUGA